AUGUCUAUGAGCGGAUCCACAGUUGGAGAACUAAAUAAUUCUACGAGCUAUAUUUUUCAUGGUAUAAAUCAAUCUUAUGAUGCUUUAGUGAACUUCAAUAAUCGUAACGGUGACACUCAAAUAAGUCAAAUUUCUAGAACUGGGAUAGGAUUAACAAUGUUGGUUGCCACAACAUCAUCAACCAUCACUGCAGCUUACGUUGAAAAAUUUCUCCUCCGCAAAAUAUGUCAUCCAUUGCUUUAUCGAUUCGUCCCGAUGUCUACAUUUUUAGCUGGCAGUAUUGUUAAUGUGCCAAUAGUAAGACACAAAGAAAUCAUAGAAGGCGUGGGAAUAUAUGACUGCAAUAAUAAUAAAAUUGGUUACUCAAAAUUUGUUGCAGUAAUCGGUAUAGGAAAAACCAUAAUUACUAGAGUGAUUUUGUUUGGUCCUGGAGUAGUUUUAAUUCAAUACUUGGAAGACGUUUUGGAUAACCAAAUUUGCUGGUUUAGAAAAAAUAGAUGGGCACAUUUUCCUUUUAAAUCAAUUGGAUAUGGAGUUCUGCUUAUUGGUAUGCUGCCAACAUCUUGUGCAAUAUUUCCACAGUUUAGUUCUGUCAAAUUAAAUACAUUAAAACAAUAUGACGACGAAGCAUACAGUCAAAUUACGAAAAAUUGUUCUCAAAUACCAGAUACAAUAUAUUUUAAUAAAGGAAUAUGA